AACAUAAACAUGACUAUUUUCUUGCUACUUCUGUUUCUUUCACUCAUAAUCCUAUUUACUGUUUUAUUCAAAACCAUAUGGAUCCCACUUCGGAUCCAACAUCACUUCCGCCGACAAGGCAUCACGGGUCCCAACUAUCGUCCAAUAUUUGGCAACUCAGCUGGGACCCGAAGAAAGAUGAUUGCCCAGGCGGAAUCAUCACGUUCAAAUUCUUUUAGCCAUGACAUAGUUGUUCAAAAGGUGAUGCCACAUUAUUACAACUGGUCAAAAGUUUAUGGAAAUACUUUUUUGUAUUGGUUUGGGUCAAAGGCUAGACUGGCUGUAUCAGACCCGGAAAUGAUCAAGGAGAUAUUACUGAAUAAGAGUGGGUCGUUUGGGAAGAAUCGGUUUAACCCGCUGGCAAAGGUUUUGUUUGGGGAGGGACUUGUUGGGUUGGAAGGGGAGAAAUGGGUUGUCCAUAGAAGGAUCACCAGUCAGGCAUUUAACAUGGAAAGAGUUAAGGAGUGGGUACCCGAAAUUGUAGAUAGUACUCGAAGUAUGAUGACAAAAUGGGAUGCCAAAACCGGAGGUAGAAACCACUCUGAAUUUGAAGUAGAUGUGCACAAGGAAUUUCACAACCUUUCAGCAGAUAUAAUUUCACGGACAGCAUUUGGAAGCAAUUUGAUAGAGGGAAAACAAAUCUUCGAGUUGCAAGAGCAACAAAGUGUGAUUGUCUUGCAAGCCUUAAGAAAUGUCUACAUACCAGGAUUCAAGUAUAUACCAACCAAAAAGAAUAGGCUCCUUUGGAAGCUUGAGAAAGAAACGACCGAACUGAUAAGGAAACUGAUCAAUAAGAACGAAAAGAAAAUGCAGAAUCCAAAUACACUACUUGCCUCAUUGAUGUCUCCUUACAAGAAAGACGACAUCCUUAAUCUAAAGGAGAUUGUGAAUGAAUGCAAGACAUUUUACUUUGCAGGAAAGGAAACAACAGCUAAUCUUCUGACAUGGGUGUUUCUCCUUCUCGGGUUGCAUCAAGAAUGGCAAGACAAGGCUCGAGAAGAAGUUGUUCGUGUUUGUGGUCACAAUGUGUUUCCUAAUGCCGAGACUUUGCCAAGCUUAAAGAUUGUUAGCAUGAUCUUGAGCGAGACACUAAGACUAUACCCUCCGGCGGUAAUGAUGAUGAGGCAAACCAUGAAAAAUGUGAAGUUAGGGGGUAGACUCGAUAUUCCAGCUGGUACACAGCUUUACUUGGCCAUGACAGCGGUUCAUCAUGAUACAAAAAUAUGGGGACAAGACGCAAAUGAGUUUAACCCAAUGAGAUUUGCAGAGCCUAGAGACCAUUUAGCCUCAUUUUUUCCGUUUGGUUUGGGUUCUCGAGUUUGCGUUGGCCAAAACUUAGCAUUGGUUGAAGCGAAAAUAGUCUUGGCUAUGAUUAUUCGACGAUAUUCGUUUGCAGUGUCACCUACAUAUGUUCAUGCUCCAAUGCAGUCAAUAACUUUGCAACCUCAGUAUGGUGCUCAAAUAAUCUUAACCAGGAUUUGAAUGAGUCCGACAUAAACAUGUUCUAUUUUUGUUUUCAACUAUCUUAGAUGUUCGAACCUUUUCAUCUUUUACAUUCACAACUCGAAGUUUCUUGUUAUUAUUUAUUAAGAUGAAUAUUACAGUACUA